AUGGCAGCCAUUAUAUUUGCUGUUAUCUCCAGCCAAAACAGAAUGAAAACUACAACAACACCUUCAACAUCAAAUUUUACAACAGAUUUUUUGGAAAAAGAGGAAAAUGGAUCAAGUAGUUACUUCUUAGAAAUCUUUUGCAUUGUAUCAUUGAUUGCAUUCAUCAUGUUUCAUCUUCAUAUAUAUUUCAAAUCAACUCGUCUCAAAGAGAGAACAUUAUUUCCGAAAUCACCAGAUUGGAUGUUCAAAAUGUUAGAUUCACAGAAAAUAUUGACUCCAAUCGGAGACAAUGGACAGAUUUCAAUUGCAACGAGAGGCUAUACACAACAACUUGUAGUGAGAAGUGGAGUUUCCGUUGAGAAUUCGAAGCCAGCAAUUGAAACAAUCAGGAGAAUUAUUCAGAAAAUUGUUGAAAUUGAAGUGAGCAAUGAGUUUAUUCCUGGUUCAACAUGCAUCGUUUCAAUAUCAAAAAGAAAUUUUCGAAGUGGAACGAGACACGCUGAAUUCGUUCCGUUGAAUGGGGGGCCCUCUACAAGUCAUUUCGAAUAUCAAAUGAUUGGAGAAGACGAUCGAAUCCAAGUGACUUAUUUUGUUGUGGGCGGAGUCAGUUACGUGGCAGGAGUCUGUAUUUAUGUCGAAAAUCCGUACGAUGUGAGACUUCAUUACACGGAAACAAUCAUCAGAAGAUUGAUGAAUUCUCCAGAUUACUGGUCAAAAAAUGAAUUAGAAGAGGAAACGACAAGUGUAGUGAGAAGAAAAUCAAAUUAUGAAUACGUUUUGAUCACCAAAAAUCGAUAUGGAGAUGUGAAACAUUCUGAGUUUCAUGGAGAUAAGAAAUCAUUCGAUCCAGUUGAUAUUCUUCCAUUAUCUGCAUAUAUCAACAAUCCAGAAAGAGAAGAUUUGAAGUUUCAAGCCAAGAAUCUAUGUAUCAGAAUAUGUGAAUUUCAAAAGAAGAUUGUGAUGAUUACGGAGAGAAACGGUCAUAAUUUGCAUACAAUUUGGAAUGAAAAGAAGGGAAAAUUGGAUUUUUUCGAAUGUGCUUCGUGUGAUCUACCUCAAGAAGCUCCGCCCCCUUCGUACAAUUCAUUUAUAAGAAAUUCUAUCAAAAAACCUGUUAAUCUUUUCUAG